CAACAUUUUUGGGCAGUUGGUCCUGUGCGACUCUGUAAUACCAUGUACCCCUGGAUCUCGACCGACUCGGACAUCUGAUUGGAUAUCACUUCAGCCCUUAUGAUCUCAAUAUGACACCGAUACCCUUAGGUGAAAGCAGACACAGCUCAUCUCCAAACAGCAGCAGCUCCACUCUCAUGUCGGUAUCAGAAAUCCGCGAGAAGACUGCCAGCAAGACUGUUUCGGUCGCGGACAACGACGCUCUUGUAGCCGGUGACGAUGGCCAGGACCAUUUCAAUCCCCCUGUCCCUAUCACUACACUCGAUGAAGGAGCCAGAGGCAUGCGGACUGUGUUUCCGCCUGUGCCCUUAGGAGGCAGCAUGAUUCCUGUAGAUGUGGAGGAUGAGGAGACGGGCUCACCUGCUGGAGAUGGGGAUGUCAAGCUUGGCGGGACCGAUGUCGAAGCUGGUCCAUCCUCACCAGCAUCCGAAAUGGACAUAUUUGAUCGCUUUACACCUCGCAAGAAGAAGAUCAUCGUUGGUAUCGUUUCAUUUUGCGCAUUCAUAGCUCCCAUCUGUUCAUCCAUCUUUCUGCCAUCCAUUCCUCAAAUCGCAGAACAACUUCAUUCAUCAUCUUCAACCAUCGCAUAUACGGUCGCCAUUUUCAUUGUGGUUCUGGGAAUCUCACCUCUGAUCUGGUCCCCGCUGUCGGGGUUUUACGGCCGACGGUUCGUCUACUUGAUCAGCUUGCCAAUCCUUGUUGCUGCUAGUUUUGGAGUCGCUCGGAGUCAAAGUGUAGGCGUAUUGAUCGGCACUCGUGUCCUACAAGCAAUCGGUGGAAGUUGUGUCCUGGCCGUUGGCGCAGGAUCUAUAGGAGACAUCUACAAACCCACCGAGAGAGGCUCUGCCAUGGGCUGGUACUAUAGCGGUGCUCUCAUGGGACCUACAUUUGCUCCUGUUCUAGGCGGUCUCUUCAGCGAAUAUACCAGGGAUACAUGGCGCUCUGCGCAAUACUUUAUCGGCGCUGCCGGGGCCACCGCUUUUCUUUUAGUCGCUUUCAUCUUACCCGAGACUGCACAUCCACCUCUGCCUCACGACAGGAUGAAAGCAGCCAAGGGCAAACGGUUUGUUUUCUAUCGAUUCAAUCCCUUCACCAGCCUCGGGCUGUUUCGAUGGAUGAAUGUCUGUGCUAUGUCUCUGUCGAGUGCUGCUGUGUUGCUCGCGAUCUACACUGUUUUGGUCCCUAUGUCUACUUUAUUCAAGGAUCGCUAUCACAUAAGCAAUCUCGCCAUCCUUGGGUGUUUAUAUCUGCCCAGCGGUUUAGGUAAUCUGCUUGGAGCGAGGAUAGCAGGACCCAUGGCCGAUCGAACUGUCAAAAAGUAUAUUAAAAAGCGAGGUUAUCGGAGAGUUGAGGAUAGACUUCGUUCUGCGGUGCCAUGGGGGAUGUUCCUCCUGCCAGCUUCGCUUAUCACUUAUGGGUGGCUGGUACAUUUUGGGGCAGGAGGAAUCGCUGCCCCCUUGGCUGUCUCCGUGCUACCGUCGAUGGCUCUCAUGGGUGUAUUGACUCCGCAGAAUACGUAUCUUAUCGACUCCAUGCCCACACGUAGCGCGGAAGUCAUCGCCGUUAACAAUUUCCUGAGAUACAUGUUCUCUGCCGGCGCAUCGGCGUGGGUGUUACCUAUGGCGAGUCGGAUCGGUUGGGGAUGGACCAUGACCGUUUCAGGCUUCAUCGUGCUGGCAUCUUCUGGUCUCGUUCUGGCCACACUGAAGUGGGGUGAUCAAUGGAGAGAAAGCGCGAACGAAAAAUAUCAUUAUGAAGGUACUCCAGCAGACUGUCGGCGUCCAGAUGGUGCUCUGUCUGCUACAGAGGUGAUCGAAAAGCCAGGACCUGGAAUGCCUGCCGACAAGUCUACGCCAUUAUCGAAUGAUUCGGAUCACGGUGAAGAUGAGGAAGUGGGGCACCUGCCACUUUCAACAAAUCGUCGAUCUCAGCAAGUAACCGCGACACAACGGUCAGUCCCCAGAGGCACGGUGAGCGACAUCCAGAUGCCUCCGAUGCACGAGGUUUUGAGUCGGACUGUCUCGUUAUCCGGUGCUUCUGCCCAUGGAGGUGGAUAGGGCACCUUGUAGCUCCACAUUAUGUAUCAUUCAGCUAUCGGCGACAAGCCAAGCGACC